AUGAGCAAUGAACACGAUGUCCCAGGAGAGCUGAACAACGAAGACGAGAGCCUGAUUCAGGCCCCUGAGAGCGGACCCAUCCAGCCAAUUAACAAGAGACCCAGUGCCCAAUGGAAGCCUUCAUCUCGGACAGUAGAGGAAAGCUUGGCCAAAGGCCUUUCCAAUGAAGACCUCUGGAUGCUGAUUCGACGAUUCGACAAGCAAAUUUAUCAUGUGCGAGCCGUCGAAGAUUCCAAAUCCCAGAAACUGGACCUCAAUCGCGUAGAAAUUGAGCGAUUCCCGCCCGAGAAGUUGCGAAUCACCCUCGAACGGUUUUACACAUCGGUGGUUGUUGGCGUUAUCGAGUUCUUCCGGCACAUAACUAGAUUGCGAUCAUGGAAGGAGUCCGGGCGAACCACUGUGUUCUGUAUCGUCUAUUUUACUUGCUGGGCUUUGGAUAUUCUCAUUCCGACCAUCUGCGGUAUCAUAAUCUCCCUCAUUAUGGUCCCAUCUAUCCGGACAUGGAUCUUUCCUCCUAGCAAGGACACACUAGAUUCGGAAGUUCCCAGUACCAAGGGAUCGGCAACAGAGCAACCUGAAUCUCUAGACAGCCUCACUGGCGCACCGGAGACCCACAAAGGUGAGGCUGCAGAGCAGGAAGCCAGAAAUUUGAUCGAUAGCCUAGCUACCGUGGCGAUGGAGAGUGCUGCGGCCAAGUAUGGUCAAGCCGUUGUCGAUGAAGCCCCCGAGCAGCCCCUUCUUGGUGACAGCUCAGAAGUCAUUGACACUCCGGAGACUCCGAAUGCCGAUGCUCCCGAGGAUAAGACUAAAAAGCCGAUGAAAAAAAAGGUCUCGCACGCAACGGAUAAGAUCAUGCGAGGAUUGAGUGAUGUUACCGAUAUUUAUGAGCAAUUCUCCAAUCUUCUGUCUCCAACGCCGCCAUUUUUGUUGAUUACAUCUCGAUUGCAACUGGCAGGUAUCUUGACUUUGAUAUCUGUGCUGGUGCCCUUAACCUCUAGCUAUUGGAUUGUCAAGAUCAUCGGAUUCUCCAUUGGCUUUGGUUUCUUUGGAGAUCCGGUCUUCACCUAUAUGCUGGAUACCCUGAACCGGAAAAUUCCGAACUGGAAAGAUCGUAUGGAUUUGCAGAAGACUCUGUUGGCGGGGGUUCCGACCAAUGCUCAACUAACAUUGACUCUUCUACGAAUUGGAGAGAUCAACUCCGAACCUCUGCCGCCUCCUCCAGCCGUGGGUAACAAUGACCGAGCAUGGCCGAUCGCCCGCAAGAAGUCGCAGGCUGCGUCUUCAACGGAUCUUACCAAGCAGGAUUCAUCCCCCGAAUUGCAGAAGUCAAACUCGAACAUCUCCCUCCCUGAGACAAAGCCGAAGCGAAGAACGAUGUUCAAAUUUUUCAAAUUUCUUCGUCGAACAAUCGCAACGGCGAUCCAGGGUCACAUCGCAUUCGACCGAGCAAUGGCUAUUGCAGGGUCUACCCACACGAAAGGCCUGCUUAGCAUGCUGCAAAACAGACACUUUUCAGCAACCCCCUUUGGACCUCUUAAAUUCGACGCAAAGUACGAGCGCAAGCGAGGCGCUGCAGUGAUUGACAACUCGAAGGAGCCUCCGAUCUUGUAUUUCACAACAUAUCAGUCUGCUGGCUUGGAUGAUUUGCGAAUUGAGAGCCGGAAAAAGGGAUCUGUUCUCUUCCAAAUUCCGGUGACUGACAUCAAGGAGCUGAAGAAGACUGAAGGUCUAGGGUGGAAGCGGAAGUUAAUUGUUGAAUUAACGGCUGGUAGUAAAGAGGCCGCGGAUGGCCUCGUGGUUAGUGGUGAUGAUCUGGAGCAGACGUAUCAUCUCACCGGUAUGAGAUCUCGAAACCAACUUUUCAAUCGACUUGUUGCGAUUGAUGCACAGUUUUGGGAAAGCCGUUGA